GACUACGGUGACGUGUUCGCCGCGUACCACGUGUAGGGUGUACACUCGACACGUCGCGUCGCUGCUCCGCGUUGCACAAGCGUCGCACGGCCAGCCUGCGUUCGAAUCGCCCGUUGGCGUGCGUCUUCGCUGUCACGUCGCCCGUCGCUUCUCGCGCCGAGAGGGGAUCCGCAGAACGCAAGCGCCGCUGAGGUAUCCGGUGUGUUUCGACGACAGGUGGAAUCCGUGGCGUUCCCCGAUCUCUCGGCACUCUUCCAGGCUAAAGCCGUCGCACAAUGCCCGCCGCGCCGAGCGCUACGUCCGUGGGGUCCGUUGGACGGUCACCCAGCAAGGCCAUAGCGCCGAGAACAGGUGGUAGCGGCACGGUCAGGCAGAGGAAGACCACCGUCACCUCGUCCGCCAGGAACAGGAACACCGGCACGAGCUCCGGUGGCAUGUGGAGGUUUUACACCGACGAUUCCCCUGGCAUCAAAGUCGGGCCUGUGCCGGUGCUAGUUAUGUCCCUCCUGUUCAUCGCUUCCGUAUUUAUGCUUCACAUCUGGGGCAAGUACACUAGGAACUAGAUUUAAGCGCGAGACGUUGAGAUUGGCCGGGGAACCAGCGGGCGAUGGCACUGCAGGUUGCACUGUCGUGCAAUCGUAAAUUGGCACUGCAAACAGGCUGAUGUAUAUGGCGAUUUUUAAUAUAUACAUGUUAUCAAUAAUAUAUUAUCGAAUAAACGCUCAUAAGAUACGCAUUACGACGUGGAUAUCAUUACACAGUCGGGAUGUAUUCAUACUGAAGUGUAUGAGAUUUAAGGGAGGAUCCGUUUUCUAAUUGAGUUUAUUAACCGAUGUAUGACGAGAGAAGCGCGUGAGAUCUUUAGUUUGCAUUUAUAAUAACAUUAAGGAUAUUACGCUAUGUAAUAUUGAAAUAAAUAUAAUUUAUUUUUACCGUAA